UAGUAUUUUCGUUUCUUAGCUAGAUAGACCUUUUUCUGUCUCUUACAAAAUCAAAAUUUCUAUGUUCUUCCCCCCGGGGUAGUUGGCACCACCUUGCUUCUGCACUCAUCACUGAGUGUGUAAGAACUAAGACCUACCAACUUGGGUUAAUAGAGGUUCAAGGCCAAACUUACCUUUAAACUGACAGACAAUAAUAGACUCUUCCCUUGUAAAUUUAUAUACAAUCCAUGAUUGUCUUACACCCUUUUGCAUCCCUUCCUUCUUGCACUACAAUUACAUGCUCCAAACCUUUUUCCCAUGACAAUCACUUUGUACCAUCUUCAAUAGUUCUGCGACUAGUCAAGAAAAAUGCCAGAACUAAGACAUUCUUAUGUAGUGCUAGUAGUCUACGGGAUGAUUUGAAUGGUCAAGACUUUAGUAUAGAUAUCAUCAACAAGGAUCAGGAGCUUGUGGAUGAUGAGGAUGGUGGGGUUUUGGCUGGAGGAAUGAGUACAAGAAGGGAAGCAAAGGACAUUGAUGAAGAAGUACAAGAAUAUGAAGAUAAUGAUGGUGGAUAUUCAAGUCGAGGACCAUAUACAGGUAGGCCAGAGAAGGAUUAUGAUAGAGAUCCAGAAUUCGGUAACAUUCUCGGGGGUUUUCUAGAGGACCCCCAGGCAUCGCAGUCCAAAUUGGAAGAAAGACUAAGAAAGAAGAGGAACAAAAUACUGCACACUAAGACUGGAUCGGGAAAACCAAUGACUGUGUCAUUUAACAAAGUUGGAAUGCACAUGAUACAAAAAUUAAAUAUUUUUCUUUUCUUUUUUAAUCAAAAAAUUACUUUUGUUUGUCUUACACCUAAUGCUUGUAUUUCCAGAUUUGAUUUUUCAAACUCAUAUAUAUGGUUUGAAUUUUACAACAUUCUACUGGCAAAGGAUGUCUCCUUAAUUUGUGAUACAAUUCGAGCAUGGCACAUUAUAGGUCGUCUUGGUGGAUGCAAUUCCAUGAAUAUGCAAUUGUCACAGUCUCCAAUGGAAGCAAAACCCAGUUAUGAUUACAUUCAGGGAGCAAAUGUAGAACCAAGUACAUUUUACAACAUUGGGGAUCUCGAGGUUCAAGAAAACUUGGCUCGAAUAUGGGUGGAUAUUGGAACUGUUGAACCUCUUCUUCUGGAUGUUUUGAUAAAUGCAUUGACACAGAUAAGUUCCGAUUUUGUUGGGAUCAAGCAAGUAAUGUUUGGUGGAGCUGAAUUUGAGAAUUGGAAAGAGGAUUUGAAAUCAGAGGAUUCAGGUUAUGGUGUUCACAAGAUCUAGCAAAUUUCAAGUUCAACUUGUAUUUGGUAGGAUAUUUGCUGAAGAAUCGUGCUGAUGAUCCUCUCUAUCAUGGAUAUUGACUUGGGACCGGGGAAUGCUUGAGCUUUUAUGCAUCAAGUGAUUCUUCAGCCUUUUGAUCCAACACGGAUGAUUGUUGAUGUAGAAUGAAUUAAGAUAAUUUUUGUUAUUCUUAUUUAAGGAUUUGACUUUUUUUUUAGAAAUAUUAUCUUUGUUAAAUGAUAUUUUUUUAGAAAUAUAUUGUCAUAUUAG